GGCGUGUGUUCACCAUACUCAUUUAAUAAACUCACUUCAUCUUCUCUAUUACUAAUAAACUCGAUCCUUUUUAUUAUUUUCUUCUGUUCACCUCAUAAAACAUGAAAACUAAUAAACAAAAACCCUUUACUUCUAAUACAUUAGAUGAAGAAAACCAAGACCAAGUUAAUGAUAAAAACAACGACUUCAACUACACAAAACGUUCACAGUGGCUUAGGGCAGCCGUCCUUGGAGCCAACGACGGACUCGUUUCAACAGCAUCACUUAUGAUGGGAGUUGGUGCAGUGAAGCAAGACGUUAAAGCCAUGAUCCUCACCGGGUUUGCGGGCCUGGUGGGUGGGGCUUGCAGCAUGGCCAUCGGCGAGUACGUAUCCGUGUACUCGCAGGUGGACAUCGAGGUGGCUCAGUUGAAAAGAGAUAAAUUGAAGAAUGGAGAAAUACAGGAAGGUUGUGAAGAGGAGGAAGAGUUGCCUAACCCAUUGCAGGCAGCAUUAGCCUCAGCAUUUGCCUUCUCGGUGGGUGCUUUGGUCCCACUGUUGGCGGCGUCGUUUAUAAAGGAUUACAAGGUGAGGCUUGCAGUGGUAGCGGCAGCUGUAACGUUGGCGCUGUUGGUGUUUGGGUGGUUAGGGGCAGUUUUAGGGAAAGCACCGGGUCUAAAAGCUUCUUUGAGGGUUUUGGUGGGUGGUUGGCUUGCUAUGGCUAUCACCUUUGGGGCAACCAAGUUGGUUGGGUCAGAUAGGUUUUGAUAUUGAGCAAGUAUUGGGUGAUUGACUAAUUGGACUCCAUGUCUUCUAUCCAAGAAUAUAUGCACCAUUUCUAUUUGUAUAAUUAAUUGGUGGAUUAUAGUAAUGAUAAUAAGCAAUAAAAAAUAUAGAAGUGGUGAAAUAAUUACUAGUAUUUGACAGACAAACAAUCUCCACUGGGGUGAGAAGGUGCUAUAGCACAUCAAACUUCGUUCUUUAAAUUACCUUUGAGUUAAUAAAAUCAGCAAUUUACUGUGAGAUUGUAAUAUACAAGAACUAGAACGAAGAAUUUAAGAUUUAAUGUUUUUUAGGAUUUUA